UUGUGGAAUGAUGAAAUGUUGAUGAGUGAUUUCAAUGGGUUUUAUCCACUCGCGUCGCCGUUUCUUGAUCUCUAUGCCUUUGAGGGCUACGAUGCGUUUUCAGAAGCCGAGUCUCACUUUGAUUCUUCGUUUGCAUCCUCCAGCAUUCAAGAUGAUCAACAUCACCUACAUGUCUCGUCUUCUUUUGACUCACCACAACAUCAAGGAACUCGAGGUCAGUCGAGCAAUUGCCAAGAAUUCAAUGGUGAGCACUCCUGGCCAUGGGAGGAGUUGACUGAAAACGAGAAUAGAAAGCCAAAAUCAAUAGUCGUUUCAAAGACGCGAGUUAAAUGGACUGAGGAACUUCACCAGAAAUUCGUCGACUGCGUCAAUCGACUCGGAGGUGCUCAAAAAGCCACACCAAAGCAACUCUGUCACUUGAUGAAAACUAAAGGCUUGAAUAUCUUGCAUAUAAAAAGCCACUUGCAGAAAUACCGUAUUUCUCAGCACACUCAAGAAUUUUCAGAAGGAAAAUCUGAGAAAAAGACUAAGAUGAAGACAAUGUUGCAGCCUAACCAAAACAUAGGGAAUCAGCUGAUGGAAGUGGUGAGACAACAACUUGAUACUCAGAGUAGUCUGCAUGAACAUUUGGAGGUUCAAAAGAAUUUGAUCUCAGCCAUGGAAGAACAAAUGAAGCAACUAAGAGGAAUUUUAGAUCAUAGAAGGAAGACUACUGUGUUUAGAACUGAUGACAAGAGAAAAUAAAAUGGACUUCACUUGAAUCAA